CGUAGAUACCGGUUAUUGGAGGUCAGCCUCCCCUGGCGUGUGCUUGAAAUGUAAACCCAGAUAUGUCAUGAAGUGAAUCUGAGAACGAGCGAUACCUUUGUCUGUAUGAAAUCUGUUUGUUUAAAUGGCAUAAUUCACAUUUAUGGGUGAACUCGCGUGAUUUUAUGAUCGAGACAGACUGAAGUUUCUCCGUCCGUUUUGUCCUACACAGCGCGCCAAUAGUGCGCAGGCCUGCCCUGUUACAAACAUCAGCAUCGAUAUCAAUGUUCCAGCCUAAGGACUGAUUCAAUUUUAUCCUGAGAAAAUUAAACUUGCAACGAUGAGGAAGGACGUGAGGAUAUUACUUGUCGGAGAGCCCAAAGUGGGGAAGACUUCCCUGAUCAUGUCACUUGUCAGUGAGGAAUUCCCUGAUGAGGUUCCUCUCAGAGCGGAAGAGAUCACCAUUCCUGCUGAUGUUACGCCUGAGAGAGUCCCCACUCAUAUUGUCGACUAUUCAGAAGCAGAACAGACGGAUGAGCAGCUUUACCAAGAAAUUUCAAAGGCUAAUGUUAUUUGCAUAGUCUAUUCAGUUAACAACAAGAAGUCAAUCGAGAAGGUGACAAGUCACUGGAUUCCCCUCAUCAAUGAGCGAACAGAUAAGGACAGCAGAGUACCUUUGAUUCUGGUGGGGAAUAAAUCUGACCUGGUGGAGCACAGCAGCAUGGAGACCAUCCUGCCCAUCAUGAACCAGUACUCGGAGAUUGAGACCUGUGUAGAGUGUUCAGCCAAAAACCUGAAGAACAUCUCAGAGUUGUUCUACUACGCCCAGAAAGCUGUUCUGCACCCCACUGGACCUCUGUACUCACCUGAGGAGAAAGAGAUGAAGCCAUCUUGCGUCAAAGCACUUACUCGCAUUUUCAAAAUAUCAGAUCUGGACAAUGAUGGAAUUCUGAAUGACAACGAGCUUAAUUUCUUCCAGAGAACCUGCUUUAACAUCCCCCUGGCACUUCAAGCCCUAGAAGAUGUGAAGAAUGUUGUGCGGAAAAACAUGUCAGAUGGUGUGAAGGACAACGGCCUCACACUAAAGGGCUUCUUGUUUCUUCAUACACUGUUUAUUCAGAGAGGAAGACACGAGACAACGUGGACUGUGCUGAGGCGGUUCGGUUAUGAUGAUGACCUGGAGCUCACGCAAGAAUACCUGUUUCCAAUGUUAAAAAUACCCCCGGACUGCACCACAGAACUGAACCACAAUGCCUACCUCUUUCUCCAGAGUGUCUUUGACAAGCAUGACAAAGAUCGAGACUGUGCCAUGUCUCCAGAUGAGCUGAAGGAUCUGUUCAAGGUCUUUCCCUACAUGCCCUGGGGGCCUGAUGUCAACAACACCGUGUGCACCAAUGAGCAGGGCUGGAUCACUUACCAAGGCUACCUGUCCCAGUGGACAUUAACAACAUACCUGGAUGUGCAGCGCUGCUUAGAGUACCUUGGUUACCUUGGCUACUCCAUUAUUCAAGAACAGGAGUCACAAGCAUCAGCUAUUACUGUCACCAGGAAUAAGCGCAUUGACCUACAGAAGAAACAGACGCAGCGCAGCGUAUUCCGCUGCAACGUGGUUGGAGCCCGAGGCAGCGGUAAAAGUGGUUUUCUGCAGGCCUUCCUGGGCAGGAACCUGGAGCGUCAAAAGAGGUUAAGAGAAGACCACAAGUCUUACUAUGCCAUCAGUACCACUUACGUUUAUGGACAAGAAAAGUACUUGCUCCUUCAUGAAGUGCUUCCAGACUUUGAGUUCCUCUCAGAGGCUGAUCUGGCAUGUGAUGUUGUUUGCCUGGUGUAUGACAUCAGCAAUCCUCGCUCAUUUGAGUACUGUGCUAAAGUCUACAAGAAACACUUCAUCGACAGCAAGACACCAUGUGUGAUUAUUGCUGCUAAAUCAGACUUGCACGAAACCCGUCAGUACUACGGCCUGACGCCACUAGAUUUCUGCCGGAAACACAAACUUCAUCCACCGCAGCUGUUUACCUCGAACACAGCUGAUGCGCCCAGCAAAGACAUAUACACCAAACUUACCACCAUGGCCAUGUAUCCCCACGCCAAGUUACGCUGCAUGUGCACCUGCAACAGGUGUACCUUUUGCAUCUGUCACAACCUCCUCAACUCUGAGCUGGUCCGCUCGGUAAAGGCCAAACUCUACAGUGCUGUUCUGACAAGGUUGAGACCAUUUAUACAAGACGUGGGCACGUUUCUAUUUGCUGACGAGGAGUCCAGCCUUGUACAUCAGGUUCAUGAGGUCAGCUUUGUAGAGGACUCGGUCUUCAUGGAGUCAUCUGUUGAUCCGUUUGUGUCCGUUUGUGACAGACACAUGACCCAAGCUGACCUGAAGAACUCUACGUUUUGGUUGAGGGCCAGCGUUGGUGCCACCGUGUUCGCUGUCCUUGGCUUCGCCAUGUACAAAGCGCUACUCAAGCAGCGAUGAUCGAUGCAACCGGCAUGCUACAACAUCCAAGCCCACCCCUGAUAAACUAUAUUACCCAUAAUCCCUCUUUCCUGCAUAAUUUCCCUUUUGAGAAAAUACUAUAUAGUUAGCUACAUUUUGUAUAGUUUAAAAGCAAACUGCCUUCCGUAAGCCAUGUGUCUCCUUCCAUGAAGUGUUAUAGAAACUCCCCUCAUCAGUCAUGUGGUGAAACAGGACAUUUACCGUCUGACAGGAGCUAUAACUGGGUCAUCUGCUCUUUGGACAGUUUUUAAUUUAUGCAAAAUAAUGUCAGGUCAGUAUUAGUUGGGUGUGACCUAUAUUGGAAAGACACAGCAGACAGGCAGGGUUUACUGAUGGUUGAACACUAUGUUUAUAUAUGUAUAUAUAUUAAAAUUACCUGUAGUUAGUGAGAAAAAUCAUAUUUGAACUGUGCGCAUAGAGAUGCAGUCACGCUUUAGACAGAAGCACUGAAACAAAGCCAUGUCUCAUGUAAAGGUCAUUUUCCUCCUACACCUGUAUUAAUUUAUUAGUUAUGUUUUCUUUGCCAUUUCGUGAACAAAGGGUUAUUUUUAUGCAAUAUUUGGUUUUUAUUUUGAUAAAUUAUGGUUUUCCUGUAUACUUUAUGCCUUUAUGAAGAUCAUGCACGAGAAAUUUCGCACAAUUGAGUUAAUUUCUGUUAUAUUAAGUGAUGUGAUGCAUAUGCUAUGAGACCAAUAGGACCUGCUUUUACUACCUUAUAUACUACUCAUUAUUUCUGCCCAUCUAACAAUCAUGUAGAGACAAAGUCACUAAAACAAUGUUUCAGCUCUUAUGCAUAUGUAACUUUCAGUGCAAUUGUCCAUGUGGAACUGUUGCACUUAUGAAUUUUCAAACAUUUACAAUAAAUAAUGGUGUGAAUAAA